UAAUUUGUUCGGGAUGCUAAUUGGCUGUGUAAAUAUUAGUUUUCGAUCGCAAAGCAGCUCAGAUUGGUACCGACAUAAGUGGGCUUCAUUCUUAAAAAGUUUAGUGCCCCUGCCAGACGCUUUUACAAUGCAAUUGUUGGCUUGGAUAUAUUUAUUAAGUUGGUUUUUACCGUGGGUUAAAAGUGCCUAUGACGUGGUCGAGCCCACAGUUGGCCAAAAUAUUACGGAAUAUCUGCAUGCACGCCAGAAAAGACACCAAUUGAUCUACAGAAAUGGAGGGACCAUCCGUUUGGUAGUGGGUGCCGUUAUGUCCACCCAACUUGAGGAUCCCGUGGUCUGGCGCAGCAUGGUUUACUAUUAUGUUCUGCACUUUGGAGCAUUUACCCUACCAUCAGCGCCAUUGUAUCCGUGGGACAAAUGGGAGACGAUCUAUGCUCGAUCGCUUCAGGAGAAGAUCAGGAGCUUGGAUGAAUCCCACGAGGACGACACGCGAACAUUUGCUUAUGCUGCUUUGGAAAACUAUAUGGACCAACUCAGUGGAUCGGUGGGUCGUGGUCGUCAGUGCUUGUUGCGAGGGAUUUGUGAAAAUGCCCAGGUUCAUCAUCACGUGGGAAUCAUGGCGGAAUUACUUAACGUUCUGCUCACACCUGGUAAAACGCGUUUGGAUUUGUCCUAUACAGAUGCCUUAACAGCUGGGAAAGCUGGGAUCGAUUGUUUAUCUCACUUUCCGGAUUGUCCAAGAGGUGAAAGUAUCUUGGAUGCUUAUUCUGUACAUUUGGAUUAUUAAUAUUCCAGAGACUUUGUAGGCAAAGCUAAUUAUAUUUUUUAAAAUAAGC